AUGACUGGGACGAUCAUUAAACCUGUAGAUUCCACCACAAAUGCAGGUUAUGUUCCGACAGAAAAUAUCUUCGCCUACCUCUUUCAGGAUCAACAAGUCUGGAGACGCUUCCCUGCCCAGGAUGACAAGGUUGUCUUCCACGAACCCCUUACAUCGCAAGAUCUUCUAUACGGGCGCGUACGAGACGACAGCCUCCGGUUUGCGCACUCUCUGUCUAAGCUCGUUGUCAACGUGCCACCCAAGGAUGACUUUGGAGUUCCAGGCGCUAUUGUAGGCCCAGUUGUGAUGAUCCACCUCCCAAAUUGCUGUGCCUUUCCCGUCAUCUUCUUGGGCGGUGUUGCAGCGAAUUGUACGAUGAAUCUUGUCAGUCCCGCUCUCGGUCCAAAUGAGCUCGUGCAUGUUAUGGAACUCGUCCAUCCAGACGUAGUCUUCACACAGCCCGGGGAACUCGGGGAGGAAACACUGGAAAAAGCUUUCAACCUUCUUCCGGAAAGUCGCACAAAACCGAAAGUAUUCACUGUCGAUGUCCUGCAGUACCCAACGGAUUCUUCCUUGCCGCCUAGUUCUGUGUCUGAUUGGCUGUCCUUGCUGGGAAUGUCCUCUUUUCAGGUCGCGCCUAUGGACGCUGAUGAACACGCAAAUCGCGUUGCAUGUAUUAUGUGGUCGUCGGGCACCACCGGAAAGAGCAAAGGGGUCAUGCAUUCCCACCGAUCCCUUACUGCGGUCACUGUGCUCUGGGAGAAAUAUGGAUCCUGGGUGGGAAUUGACUCUAUCUGGAUCGCAUUACCACCCUUUUACCAUAUAAUGGGCCUCACGACUGUGAUGUUACAAGGCUUACGCUUUGGUACCAAAAUGGUCAUCAUGCGGAAAUUUGACCUCGAAGCUUAUCUACGUCUCAUUGUCGAACACCAUGUGACAUACCUGUGCGUUGUACCACCUCUGGCCCUGGCAUUGACGAAGACGCCUUUCUUGGACGAACCAUGGUGUGAUCUCUCUUCGGUUAGAAGCAUCGGGUGUGGGGCCGCCGCUCUGGGAGAGGACGUCAUUCGCGAAUUACGCCGCAAAACAGGAGCAGCGGUUUACAUGGGGUAUGGGCUGACUGAGACCGGACCCUGCACCAAUUUCCCUGAAUCCUCCUGGAAUGCUAUUGAACAAUACCCAGGAUAUUCCGGGCAGAUUUUUCCUGAGGUGCAAGUCCAGAUCCAGGACGAGGCCGGUCGUCCUCUGCCUCCCGGACAGGCAGGCGAGAUUUUGCUGCGUUCAAACUUACAAAUGCUGGGAUAUGUCCGAAACCCGAAAGCAAACGCAGAGACCUUCACGAACGACGGGUUCGUUCGUACCGGAGACAUCGGUAUUUUGGAUGACGAGCGGUUUAUCAAGAUUAUCGACAGGAUAAAGGAUGUGAUCAAAUACAACGGUUUCCAAGUAUCCCCAGUGGAAUUGGAUGCAGUAAUAGGUGCAUUGCCUUCGGUCCUCGACGUCGGAACGACCUCGAUCUACUCGGAACAGCAAGCAUCCGAGCUGCCAAUUGCAUAUGUUGUCCCUCGCUCUGCAGAGCUACUGGCAGCUGUCAAGCGUGACAAGAAGAACCACCCUGGUCUGAGGGCAUUUGCUGAAGAAAUAUACAGCACUGUUGAGAGCCGGUGCGCAUAUUACAAGUGGUUGAGGGGAGGCAUUGUGUUGUGCGAUUCAGUUACAAAGUCACCGACUGGGAAAAUCAUGCGGAGACAACUGAAGGACAUCACGGGGAUUUACAUACCCUUCAAGAGCACCGGUGAUCUUAAAGCCAAGCUAUGA